UCCACCCUCCUCGGCGCCGACCCGCGCCCGGGCCUGCGAGCGACGCGGACGGGCUCAGCCGGCGCGGCGCGGGCCCGGCCCGAAGCGGGGCGGCGGCUGGAGCGCUGCCUGUCCCGGCUCCUGUUCUGGGCCAGCCUGGGGCUGCUGCUCGUCUUCCUGGGCAUCCUCUGGGUGAAGAUGGGCAAGCCCUCGGCGCCGCAGGAGGCGGAGGACAACAUGAAAUUAUUGCCGGUGGACUGUGACAGCAAAACAGAUGAGUUCUGUCAGGCCAAGCAGAAGGCGGCCUUGCUGGAGCUGCUGCAUGAACUGUACAACUUCCUGGCCAUCCAAGCCGGUAAUUUUGAAUGUGGAAAUCCAGAGAAGCUGAAAAGCAAAUGCAUUCCUGUAAUGGAGGCCCAGGAAUACCUAGCAAACGUGACCAGCAGCUCCUCUGCCAAGUUUGAAGCUGCGCUGACCUGGAUACUGAGCAGUAACAAGGACGUGGGCAUCUGGUUGAAAGGGGAAGACCCAUCAGAAUUGGUGACGACCGUGGACAAGGUGGUGUGCCUGGAAUCCGCCCGCCCGCGCAUGGGUGUCGGCUGCCGCCUGAGCCGCGCCCUGUUCACUGCCAUCACCAACUUGCUCAUCUUCUUCUGGUGCUUGGCCUUUCUGUGGGGCCUCCUGAUCCUCCUGAAGUAUCGGUGGCGGAAGUUGGAAGAAGAGGAGCAAGCCAUGUAUGAGAUGGUGAAGAAGAUUAUAGACGUGGUCCAGGACCAUUACGUGGACUGGGAGCAGGACAUGGAGCGCUACCCGUACGUGGGCAUCCUGCACGUGCGCGACACCCUGAUCCCUCCGCAGAGCCGGAGGCGCAUGAAGCGGGUCUGGGACCGGGCUGUGGAGUUCCUGGCGUCCAACGAAUCCCGGAUCCAGACAGAGUCCCACCGUGUGGCUGGAGAGGAUAUGCUGGUGUGGAGAUGGACUAAGCCCUCUUCCUUCUCCGACUCAGAGCGAUAA